AUGCACAACUCGUCCAUCACGGCAUCUGCGUAUUGGUUUAUUCCUGUCGAUAUCGUUAUGCUCGUUUGUCUUUCUCUACUCGUCAUACUUAAUAGUCUCUUACUCUUAGUUCUUAUUUUCGAUAAAACUUGCCAUAAACUACCCGUAAUUCUAGUCUCAAACACAUAUUUAGCUCAGAUUUUACUCGCCGCAGUUAUUUUUUCGAUGGCUACGUUCACCUUACAAAAUGACUUGAAAAAUAUCGUCCAUCUCGAUCGAUUUUGUCUAUUUCGUGGUUAUCUAAGUUACGUCUUAUGUACAAUAAUGAAUUUUUCUUUUCUAUUACAAGCAUUUUACCGAUACCUCAGCGCUGUUUAUCCAACAUAUACAUAUUGGAAAUCGAAAAAACUCCAUCUAUUACUUGUAAGUAUUACAUGGGUAUAUAGUUUUGUCUACCCGUUACCGUUUACAUUAUCUGGUAAGAUUACAUACAAUGUUGACAAUCAAGUAUGUCAAAUACCUCUUCGACUUUCAUUUGCGCUGAUCUAUGCGAUAUUUAACGUAUAUCUACUUCCUGUAGGUUUAAUACAGCUGAUUUACUUUAGACUAGUUCGACAUAUUCAAGAUAUAAACGCACAACCUAUCGGUGUAUACAACACGUUUCGUGUGCAGAGAGAGCUGAAAAUGGUUCGUCAAAUCGUCAUCGUCGUAUGUGUCUUAAUCAUAUUCGGUUUACCUUACAGUAGUUUUGCGUUAACGUCAUUUUUCACCACUCCGCCGAAAUACCAUUUUCGAAUAGCUGUUCUGUUUAUUAUUUCGUCAUUAAUGUUUAUUACUCUGGCUCUUUUUUACUUUACCAGUCCAAUUAAAUCAUCGGUGAAUAAACUAAUAGGCUCCCAUUCAAGUCAAUCGUAUGAGGUGCCGAAGUAA